UGUUUGUCAACAUGGCAUAGCGUCCUGAUAUGGAUGCUUGGCUAUUUCUGUCAGCAAGACAUAUUUUUUGCAGGAUAAUGAUUUUCUUGCAAAGAACCAAAAGCACGUUUCCGUUGAAGUCAUUGCUCUUAGGAAAAUGUUACUGCUGUUCCACAUAUUGUUGUUUGAAUUUUUAAUGGUGAAGAUACUGCAAAAAUGUAUCUAUGGGCUACAACUGCAUUCACCGACAGAGACAUAUCUUCAGAACCUUCAGUUAAUUCACUGACUUGUUCCUAACUCAAGUCAGUGGUACCAGGAAAAGUAUCCAGUAAUAUGCCAUUCAGACUGCGACUGAAAAAGAGCCGUCAGUACAAUGUGGCAUCUAAAUCUGUAUAUGUUAUCUGUGUUGAGCUGCUUGACAGUACAACAAUAGAAUGCACAUUGUCUUCAGAGAGCAGUGGCCGAGAUUGUUUGGAUAAUGUAUGCCAACGGCUUACCUUGCAGCAGCCAGAGUUUUUUGGUCUGCGGUAUGUAUCCCUGCAUGAACCUCCCCGCCUUCGCUGGGUGGAGAUGGACAGACCGCUGAAAAGGCAACUGGAUAAAUAUGCCCGUGAACCAAAUUUAUUGUUGCGAGUCAUGUACUAUAUAUCUGGAGUCAACUUGAUUCAUGAUGAAAUGACGAGAUAUCACUACUUUCUGCAAUUGAAAGCAGAUGUCAUUGAAGGUCGCAUGAGUUGUGAUGUAAAACAAGCUAUUCUUCUGGCCAGUUAUAGCAUGCAAGCUGAGUUUGGAAAUCAUGAUCUUGAGAGGCACACUGCUGAGUAUCUGAAAGAUUUUGCUUUAUUUCCAAAGCAUUUAACAGAGCAAGGCCACCUCCAGCACUUGACUGAAGCUGUAAUUUGUCAACAUGCAGCACUGGCUGGUCUUCCCCAGGGAACUGCAGAGGAAUAUUACAUUCUUGCUGCACAGCAGUUAGAUGGCUAUGGGCAGGAAACAUUUAGUGCUAAGGAUGAAAGCAAUGCAGAAGUAAUUAUUGGCGUCUCUCUCAAUGGCAUACUUGUUGGCUAUGAAAAGGCACACUCUUCAAAGUUUUACAGAUGGAAAGACAUUAAGAAUGUAAUUAAUCACAAACGUUAUUUUGGCAUUGAAUGUCCAAAUGAAGGAGAAACAGUCCAAUUUCAGUUUACUGAUCCAGAAUCUGCAAAAUAUGUUUGGAGAAUGUGUGUUCAUCAGCAUACAUUCUACAUGCAGCAUGAGGGAGCAACAGAACCGUGCCAAAAUUUCAAUGACUCCAUGCCUGUAACACUAUUUCAGACUGGUAUAGAGGAUUCACAUCUAUCUGAGAGUCAGGAGGACUUAGAUUGUCAUGAUGGAGGCAUAAAUUGGAGAAUUCAGUCAGCAGUGCAACGUGCUCAGUCAGCCUCUUGCCUUGACCUCACAAAACACACAGAGGUUGAAAAACUGAGAGCUUUACUACCUUCAUAUCGACCAGCUCCAGACUACGAAACUGCAGUGCAGCUAAAGUACAGAGGCUCAUCACAAGCAGCUAAUAAUGUUAAUAUGAGGCCGAACAGUCAAAUUAAUUUACUGUACAGCAGUCAACCAGAAAUUCACCAGUCCCACAUGCAAGAUAAUAUCAGUUCGUACCAUUAUAAACAGUAUCCAGAUGUAACACAAGUUGAGAGGAUAUAUCUUGAUCCUCGGAGGGAGGAGCCUCAGACACACUUAAAAGGACGACCUGAGCGCAGUUCUCAAACAGUAUUACAUACCUAUAGUACACCAGAACUGGAUGCAGUUGAGAGCCAGAUGGUUCAGAAUCUUCAAAUGCUGCAUUUGUACAAACCACCACCUCCUUACCCAACAAGCAGCACCAGACCAAGCAGCAACAGCACACCAGAUUUGGCCUCACAGGGGUUUCGACCACAACAGCCCCAGUUUGCAGUUCCUCAGGUCAGUGGUUCCAGUCCAGAUUUGGUAUCACCUCAUGCACAACCAUCUGCUCAAAAUGUUGUUCUUGGUGCUGAAACACAUCACACAUAUAUGGACGUAGCUAAUGUUCUUGACUCAGGGAUGAGAUGCUGCGCAGGUGCCCAAGAGCAGUCAGAGCCCAUAUAUGAAAAUAUACCAUUGCCCUGGGCAUCACAGUCGGGAUGUUCAAGAAGCCGCGCUUCUAGUAUCCAGUCAGCACCAGAGAUGGGCAGUCCUGUCACAGCUAUGGAGGGUCAACGGAGAUGGCCGAAUGCAAUAAUGACUGUACCUUCAGCAACACCAGCAGCUAAUGUGUCUGUUAGUGUCCACUCAGCGUAUGAUGUCAGUAAUACAUCUCUACAAGAAACUUAUGUGCAAAAUGCGCCUGAUACUGUAUGCCAGUCACCUGGUGAACCAACAAAUCCUGGUAUUGCAGAUGCAACUUACAUUAAAAGUCAGAGUCAGUUCCUUGAGUCAGAUAGACAAACUGAGUACACAAAAAUGGGUACAACAAAACAGAAGCCAAAACGUAAGUGGGCUCUACUUGGUGGAGGAAAGAGCAAGUCAAAACCGGAGGCAGCAGUAAAAGAAACUAAUGAAGAAGAAACACGUGUGCGUUGGAAUACGGGGCUGCCAAGGCUCCCUCUUCCUCCAACAAUAUCAAAAGAUAUAAUGUGCCAGCUUCUCGAACGCAAACUUGCUGAUGGUCAGGUUUUCUUUGAAUUUGAAAAAAUUCCAAAAAAGAAGCUGACAGCAGAUUUCACCACUGCAUUGCAUCCUGAUAAUGCAUCAAGAAACAGGUAUAUGGAUGCUUUACCAUAUGAAGAAAACAGAGUCAGGCUGACACCUUCAAGACAAAAUAAGUUUGGCUACAUAAAUGCGUCCCACAUUACUGCAACAGUGGGCAGCCAUCAAAGAUUCUAUAUUGCAGCUCAGGGGCCACUACCUUCUACAGUCAGCAGUUUCUGGCAGAUGGUGUGGGAAGCAGACGUGCACCUCAUAGUGCAGUUAACAGUGACACAAGAAGACGGAACUGCUCCAUACUGUCCAGGCAUCAAUGACCGCUGCCUGGAGAUUGAUGAGUUUCAGAUAUGGCAACAGUUUUCACAAGAGACAGGCCACUGUGUCACAACUAAGUUGCGGCUCAUCCAUACAAGCUCACGUAGAGUCAGAGGUGUGUGGCAUUUGCAGUAUGUGGAAUGGGGUGAUCAGGGCUGUCCUCUGAAUGUUGGUCACUUUCUAGGAUUCCUGGAGGAAGUGUCAUCUGUGCGACAACACACUGUGAGUGAAAUUCCUGCUGGUCAUAACUGCAACCCUCCCGUGCUUGUACAUUGCACAGCGGGUGUUGGUCGAACUGGAAUAAUGAUUCUGAGUGACUUACUUCUAUAUACACUCGAUCAUAGUCAGGAGCUGGAUAUUCCCCGUGUAGUUGCUUUGCUACGCAAUCAGAGAAUGCUCCUCGUCCAGACAGUUGCUCAAUACAAGUUUGUAUACAGUCUACUUAUAUACUACCUGAAGCACUCACGACUAAUAUGAUUUUGUUCACUUCAAGUGCUGCUCGGCAAUAAUUAUAGCAAAGAGUGUUAGCAAUGAUCUCUGUUGUUCUACUUCACUUCCAAUUAAUAUUUAUU